UUCCCUCCGCCGAACUCAAGUCGUUUUUCGCCGUGGCUUGCUACGUCGUCGUCGUCGUCGGAACAACAACAAAAGCUUUUAUUUUUCUACGUUUUUCUUUCUUAUUUUUGGCAAGUGAAGUGUGUGUUUCUUCGCCGUCGUCGUCAGUCAGUCGAAAUUUUCACUUUCGUGUGAUAAGCAGCAGCAGCGAGUAGUAGGCGACGUGUUUUUUUUUUCAGUGAGCUUUUUCUCGGACUCGGACUUGGUGUGCUGUGCCUUGUCCUUAAGUGCAGUUGCAUUUGCUGUUGUUGUUGUUGUUGUUGUGGGUGGUGGGUUGCUCAGUUUUUCCUCGCAAGUCGACCAACAUGGAAGCUAGAACAGAGUCUGUCUAAUGUUCGCGGUCUGUCGGGCAGUGCAAGAAGAAGUUGUGUUUUUUCGUGUGUGUAUUUGUGCAGUAUGGUGGUUCUCGACGUUCAAGAUCAAGUUCAAGGAUUAUCCGGGCUGCCGGUCAGCGUCACGCUCCAUCGAAUGCCUGUGCACUAAUUAGUGUGUCGCAAGUUCUCGAGUAGAAGCCAAAGCAAGAAGGAAUUUGUCAGCUUUUCAUGGCUGCCACGUACCCUCCAGAACCAACAGCAGCGUUGGCAGCAGAACCAACGAAUGGAAAAACUAAAGCAGGAUCUGAGCAUUUUCAUCCUCGACGAUAGCAAUGUACACCAAAGCACCUCCCCGGCAGGUCCUUUGGCCGCCCUCGGCAAAGGACUCAGCAAUGGCGUCGUGGCAGAGCAGCACGACUCACCCCUGCGAAUCUCCUUCACGCCCCCACCGAUAAGGCCACUGCUGAGGGGUGUCGUCCCGUCGUCGACGACACCCCCGCCGCUAACCCUGAACCGGAUCGUCCCGAUCGGAUCGGCGGCGGAUGACUACUACGCGGGCGGGUCCGAUCAGCUGAUCAUCAUCGAUACCAGCACCAACGGAACGGAUGCCAUACAGCUGAACCAUGUGGCGUCGUCGGCGUUGCCCCCCGGAAUCGACUCCAACCACAACGAGUUCCUGAUCUGCGACGAGGACUACUUUCCGAAUAAUGAAAUUCCAGAUGAUCCCCACUUCAGCGACCUGGUCUACUCGGCCGAAAUCGCCAUCGAUGCCGGCAUCUACCCGGAACGGAUCUACCAGGGCAGCAGUGGAUCGUACUUUGUCAAAAACCCCGCCAAUAAAGUGGUAGCAGUCUUCAAACCGAAGGACGAAGAACCUUACGGCCGACUCAACCCGAAAUGGACCAAAUGGAUGCACAAGUUGUGCUGUCCGUGCUGUUUCGGGCGAGCAUGUCUCAUCCCAAAUCAAGGCUACAUUUCGGAAGCCGGAGCUAGCCUGGUGGACCAGAAGCUAAACCUCAACAUUGUACCAAAAACGCACGUCGUUCGGCUCGUGUCCGAGACGUUCAACUAUCCGCGGAUUGACCGGCAAAAAGCGCGUAUAAAGAGAACCAUCAAGGAACGAAUACCGGCGGCCCGGUUCAAUCGGAUGAGUCUACCACCCAAGACCGGUUCCUUCCAGCUGUUUGUUGACGGCUACAAGGACGCCGACUACUGGUUGCGACGAUUCGAGCAGGAACCGCUGCCGACGCGACUCCAGCAAAAGUUCCAGCUCCAGUUCGAACGCCUAGUUGUGCUGGAUUACAUCAUCCGGAACACCGACCGCGGCAACGACAACUGGCUCAUCAUGUACGAACAACCAACGAUAGUGCCCCAAAGCAACGGAAGCACCCCAAGCGGAAUGCCCCGGAGUAACAGCCGCCUCGAAAUGGCCGAAAACACCGACUGGAACCUGGUGCAGCUGCCCGAGAUCAAAAUCGCCGCAAUCGACAACGGGCUGGCGUUCCCGUUCAAGCAUCCGGACUCGUGGCGCGCCUAUCCGUACCACUGGGCUUGGCUCCCGCAGGCCAAAAACCCGUUCAGCCAGGACAUCAAGGACCUCAUACUGCCCUCGCUGUCCGAUCAGAACUUUGUCGAGGAAAUGUGCAACGAACUGUACGAGCUGUUCAAGCAGGACAAGGGCUUCGACCGGGGCCUCUUUGAGCGGCAAAUGUCUGUGAUGCGCGGCCAGAUACUGAAUCUGACCCAGGCCCUCAAGGACGGCAAGAGUCCGGUGCAGCUGGUGCAGAUGCCGGCCGUGAUCGUCGAACGAAAAUGUAACCCGGAACACUCACUGUGUGUGUCCCACCGUAGCAACAUCUGCCUUGAAGAACCUGCCUGCGUCGCCGCCCCAGAGGUACCGUGUGGAGGAGUGUGCGACGACGAUGGAGUACCGUGUGACUUUGUAGUGCCGGAAUCCGGCUGCUGCAACCCGUGUGUUCCCUCAGCCUCGGAACCGGCCAUGGCCGAAUGCUGCGGCGGAAGUCCGGCCUCGGCCAACGUGCCAAGGCAGCGCUCCCAGGGCCACAUUCAGCAGCAGUGCUACAACUGCUCCUGCGGACGUCCCGACUGUGUUCCGAUGAAGAAGGUGCGGUACGUGCAACCGGCCCGGCGUCAGACCUGCAAGCCGGUUUCGUGCUACAAAGCACCGGAAGUGGAAUUUCAAGGCGACUCGGUCUACAAGACGUCCUACCCCGGGGAUGGGGCCACGAACGCGCGCCCACUGCCCAUUUCGCCGCGGAACAACCUGUCGAUGGCGCCGGGCAACUUGGAAAAGAACACCGUCACCUCGCUCUCGUACCCCUGCUACCACACCGUCGAGCGGCAGAAGCCCAUCCUGCCGACCACGAACCAGAUCAUCAUAUCGGCCGGUCCGAUCCAGGAAGUUACCACGACGCGCCACGACUACGUGCCCAAAACCACCCCCAAGCGGUACAAGAUUGUGCCCGAGGGCCACAUACGGAGCGUGAGCGCCCCGUUCGAAAAGCAAACCGUCAACAAGCUGUCGUACGACUGUCCCAACAUGACGCACUUUACGCCGGCGCGGUCCUGCAAGCCGAUCCGGGAGUACGCGCGGCCGGGAAUUCCUAUGGACUCGGACACGACACAGAAGCUCAGCUAUCCCGGGGUGUGUCCCGGGCCGAAGGAGGAUUACCCGUGGGCACGCCGAGCGGCCUAUCAACCGCCGGCGGUUUCAAUGGAAAAUGACACGACCUACAAGAAGAGCUUCAUGAGCAACCAGUGUGCGAUGGAGCGGGUGAAGAUGGUGCCGCCGUUCAAUAACUUACAUGUACCUGCUGAUUCCGGGUUCGAAUCAAGGACAGUCUACAAGGAAAGUUAUCACAGUGCGUGCGGCGAGCGACCGCCAGCGAUUCGGCCGGUACAGCAACUGCGAAUACCGGACCAGAAGCUGGAAGAUGACACCGUUUACAAGCUCUCCUUCCCGACGUACUGCAACGCAGAGCGUCCAUCCCCGAUCCUGCCGCGGCCGGCCCCCCUCAUUGGCGACGGUCCGAUCCAGGAGGUGACCACGACGCGGCACGACUUUGUGUGCAAGAGCGGCACCAAGCGGCAACCGAUCGUGCCGCAGAACCUGCUGCACCUGCCCGGCGGACGGCUGGAAAGCGACACCGUCAACCGGCUGUCCUAUCCGGCCAACAAGGAGAACAUCGUGCCGACCAAGUCCUGCAAGCCGAUCCUGUCGUACAAGCGACCCGAACAACCGAUGGAAAGCGACACGACGCAGAAGCUGAGCUUCAUGCCGGUCUGUCCGGCGCCGAAGGAGAAGUACCCGUGGGCGCAACGGGCUCGUUACCAGCCGCCGGCACUGCCCAUGGAGACGGACACGACGGCCAUGCUGAGCUACCCGCCGCCCGGAGAGUUUGUGGAGGAUUGCUGCGGCGCCGGCGGUGAACCGUGCUGCCAGUCGUGCGAUCCGGCCAUCGUCAACUGCUGCGGGAACCUGAUGCCGGACGGCCGGUGCUACCCGAGGGCGGCCAUCGUCAACUAGCACUGUUGAAGUAGUCAUUAGCUGGUAGGAGCAACGGAGGACAGGAGACGCGCCUAGAGUCAUACCACAAACACGCAGAACACACACACACACACAUUGUAGCAAACUCGUGCGUGAGUGAUAGAACAAACUACAUUUUUACCGAAACCCCAACAAAAUCCUCGUGAAGUUGGCGAGGCAGUCCGUGUAUUUAUUGAAUCUUUGUACGUAGCGUUUAUUUUACGGUUAAUGGUUAGCGAAAUUAUAGAUCCCGUAAACAAAAAAGAAAGAUGCCUUACUAUGUGUUCCCAGAAUAUCGAGCAAA